AUGGUUUUCUUGAUAUUGACCAGGGGUGUAGUGCCUGAAGACUCGCUCACAGGGCCCCAGGCCCUCGGGGCCCCGUCUUUGAACCGAUGGGCAUCAGUGGUGGCGUACCUGCUCGCCACGUGGGGGCUCUCGGCGGCCAUGCGCUCGCGCGAGGCCUUCGAGCUCCGGCGGCUGACGGCGCUGCACAACGAGUUCCUGUCGCUGGGCUCCUUGGCCAUGUGCGCGGGCACCGCGGCCGAGCUGGUGCGGCGGCACGCGCAGUCUGGAGGCCUCGCGUGGUUCUUCUGUGAGGGGGCCGGGGUGGCUGCCGAGGGGCCGCUGUACUUUUGGUCGUACGUGUAUUACCUGAGCAAGUACUACGAGAUGCUCGACACGGCACUGGUGCUCCUGCAAAAGAGCCGCGUGCCGAACUUUGGGCUCCAGGUUUACCACCACGCGGCGUGGGGCGGACUGCUGUUCAACACCUUCGUGCACGUGGUCAUGUAUCAGUACUACGCCUGCAGGGUGUUGGGCAUCCCGACCCCGUGGAAGAGGUGGAUCACGAAGCUGCAGAUCGUCCAGUUCGUCACGUCUUUCUUCUCCGGGACGCUCACGCCACUCCGACUCCUCAUGGGAACGCUCUACUUGGUGUCCGACCGCUGGGCGCGGGGCGACACGUGCGCUGGCAUGGGCGCGCUGCUGUAUAACUGCCUGUUCAACGCCACGCUGCUCCUGCAGUUCGUGGGCAUCGACAAGCGCAACUCCAGGCAGGAGGAGAAGAAGAAGGGCUGA